UUUUUUUUUUUAGUCUAUGCUCGUGAAGUUUGACUUCCCUCAAUUCUGUGUCUACGCCUUUUCUUAUAAAAUCUGCCCUUUGCUGUUUAGGCAUUCUCUCAAGGAUCCUGUGAAGAUUAAAAAAAAAAAAAAAGAGAAAUGCGUACCCUUUGUUUCUCUACUUCAUUUUUACUCUUCACUGGUAUAAUUUUUUAUUCAUGUUUUCAUCACGAGGUGGCUUGUGAUCAUUCAUUGAUCGGGACAAAAAGGGAAACAUUAGAAAUUAUCAUUGGUGGGGGUGGGGAGAGUCCUGCCCCAGCUCCUGAUAAUGAGGAUUGUACUCCACCUCCGCCUGAACCUGAAUGUCCCCCACCGCCACCGCCGCCUCCGCCUCCGCCCCCACCCCCACCCCCACCGCCCCCACCCCCACCGCCGCCACCGCCAUGUAAGUUCCCAACCCCAAAUGGCUGCUUUGAAAACCAGCGACUUUAUAAAGCUUUCAAGGUAAUCAAAAAGUUCAAGAAAAUAAUCCUAGAUGAUGCUAAUAGCCAAAAAUACACAAAGAGAUGGCAAGGCACCGACGUUUGCAAUUACAAAGGCUUCAGUUGUGACAAGCGUCCUGAUGUGGGGGAAAAGGCAGUUGCUUCAGUAGACUUCAACGGUGCUAAAUUUGCUGGGCGAAAUGGCUGCCUUCCCCUUGAGGGUUUCAUUAAUGAGUUAGACGACCUAGCCAUAUUCCAUGCCAACUCUAACAACUUCACUGGUAGUGUACCUUUUGGAGUAUCCAAAAUUAAAUAUUUUUAUGAGCUUGACCUUAGCAACAACAACGUGUCUGGUGAUUUCCCCAUGGAAGUUCUUGGCGCCAUGAAUUUAACCUUCCUGGACUUACGGUUCAACUCGAUUAAGGGGAUCGUUCCAUCAAAAGCGUUCAAAUUAGAUCUUGAUGUGCUCUUCAUCAACAACAACAACUUUGAACAGAGGCUUCCUGAUAAUCUUGGUGACACACCAGCCCUGUAUCUCACCUUUGCCAACAACAAAUUCACUGGCAGCAUUCCAGCAAGCAUUGGCAGAGCUCCUAAUUUGCUGGAAGUGCUUUUCCUCAACAAUCAACUUACAGGAUGCUUGCCGUAUGAGAUUGGGAAUCUGAGCCAAGCCACUGUGUUCGAUGUAGGCUUCAACAAGUUAACAGGCCCAAUACCAUACUCGUUUGGGUGCUUGAAAAAGAUCGAGCAACUCAAUUUGGCCUACAACGAGUUCUAUGGGGAAGUACCGGAAAUAGUCUGCAAGCUCUCUAAGCUCGAAAACUUCUCUUUGUCAAACAACUAUUUCACUCAGGUUGGCCCUGCUUGCAGGAAUUUGAUAAUGAAAAAGAAACUUGAUGUCAGGAACAACUGCAUUUUAGACCUGCCGUCUCAAAGAUCAAAAGCUGAGUGUGCUGCAUUUUUCUCAAGAAAGCUGUAUUGCGAGAGGAAGGAAUCAUUCAAGUGGGUUCCUUGCAUAAAAGGUGGUUAUAAUUAUUCCAAUUCAACUGAGAAAUCCGAUCCAGAAUCAACUGCUACUGUCCCAUCAGCUAGAACUUACAGCACUCUUACUCCUCAUGGUUUGUGAUUUCCAUGCUGUAGAUGGACCUCAUCAAGAAAACCAUGAUGGGUCUUUGCGUAUUUAAUCAUGUAUAUUUCUUUGUUCUCAUAUUUUAUGCAGAAUUGCUAUGUAUUAAAUUUUUCAGUGAAUAAAUCAACUUCCUCUUUAUUUCUAUUUAAGAACCCUGUUUCAUAAUUGCUUGCUGGAAAUGGAAGUUUUAAAAAAGUUAUUGCAGGUAAAAUCGAGUUCGUAAUUGCUGAAAAACCUGCUUGAAAGCUCCAUCUUGGUGUCUACCUAUACCCUAACAAAUCGAACAAAAGUUUUCUUCAACAUCGAUUUUUUUUAAAAAAGGGAAGAGUCCAGAGAUACGUCUUUCAAUCUUCUUUUCAGCUUUCACUUUUGGAUUAAUGAUUGAGUUACACAAAAACAAAGUAAUCCUCUUUUGUAUUUCAUUUUCUUGUCCAGUUUUUUCCCCUCCUUGAUUCCAACUUUGCAAUGAAAACUAAAGAAAUGUGCUAUCAAAUCACAAGAAUUUUGAGGAAAUUUUCCUUCUUUCCUUUAAUUGUGGUAAACAAACAGUCACCAAAAUUGACUCCGUAGCCUGGUUCCUCGUGUUUACAAAGAGAAAAUUGAGGAGGGCCCAUUGCUAAUGCCGACAGUUUGUAACUCGCAAG